AUGGCCUCGUCAUCAUUGGAACUUGUCCUUUUGCAACAUUUUGAUCAUCGGAAUCAACCAUCGUGUCCUCUCUCUGUAGUGGCCUCUUUCAUUCCUCCUUCGGAUUGGUUGCAAAGCCUCUUUCUGCUCUCUUCCAAAAUUUAUGAGCCUUUUAAAAGUAAUGAAGGAAUUUUAGAAGAGAAUUAUGAUAACAAUAGGUUUGCAAAAGAACAGCUUUGGUUGGAACAAUGCCAAUUCUCAUUUCCCGAUGUGCUUUGGAAUUAUUUGAGUUCUUCUUCCAUAACACAAAGAAAGGAAUUUAAAAAGUUAUUCAUUCAACAAUGUCAUAUUUUGAAGAGAUAUAAGGAUGGAUUGUAUCAUCAUGCAUGUUUGGAAGGACAUUUGGCUUCUGUGAAUGCCUUGUGUUGUACCAAUUUGGAAAAGUCAUUAUCGAUUACCAUUCCAACCUUAUUUUCAGGAGAUUUGAAAUCAAGUAUUGCGCAGUGGGACUUGAGAUCGACCUUGCAAAUGAAAUCUAGCGAUUAUCAUUGUAACGAUGAAGGGAAAAUUAUCAAAAUUUUGAGUUAUCAAUAUGUGCAAAAGAAGAUCAGCCCCAAGCAACCUCCAACGUUUUAA